CCAGGCAGAUUUAGAAGAUGGCAGAAUAUUUCCAGCACAUUUGUUCCUGCCUCCCUUUCAUGCUUGUUAUAUUUAGAGGAAUAACUGCGAACAAGGACGAACAAUAAUGGCGUGUUUACUUGGUAUCAACUUAAAACGUAUAAGCUGUCGGCUUUAGAUAAAUUGAAGGCGUCUCCUCAAAUACAAAUGAUGCUAAAUUAGUUUUUAGGCAGACAGUAUACAUAUCAGCCUGAUAUGUUAUGUGUCAUUUGAUUGGCUGUUAUGUAGGUAGUAAACCAAUGACAACCGAUAUUACAAUUGCGUAUAUGUUUUGGGUAGAUAAGUGCAAUCGGAACAUAAAUUCGUGAAGGAUACCGUCGAACUCUGUAAGUUUUUGUAUUCUAAAUGGUUGUUUGUUGACGUUUAGGCCAUUUCUCUCGUUUUCCUUUCGACGUUGUCACGAUAGUUGUUGUACAUCGACGCAGUGCCCUCAGUAAUAUAUCCAGCUUGUCAAGAAAGCUGUCAGCGAAGGCAAACGAAGGAGAAAGUGAAAUCUUAUAUUUUUACUGUUUGUUUUGUCAGAUGUUUCUGAUUUCCGAAUUGAUGUUCCCUGUUUCAAAAAGGUCAGAAUGGGUGUUUAUUAUAGUUGAAGUAGCACUGCUGUUGGAGUUAUUCAAGCAUGGGAGAACCUAUGGACUAUGAGACCCUCCAAGACUGGAAGUGUGACACUUGUACUCUCAUCAAUGAUAUAAACACUAUUGAGUGUUCAGCUUGUGGGACAUCAUUUUCAAACUCUACCAAUGGGGAAGACCAACCAACAGAAAAAUCAAAGUUAAAUGGAGUGGCCACAUCAAGCAAGAAGAAAGACUCAAGAAUAUCCUCAACUUCAGAUGAUGUCUUUGAAGAUGGGGAACAGACAGCCAAGGGGAAAAAACCUUUGAAACAGAAUAAUUCAAAGGAUGGAAAAAAGUCUACAAGCUCAUCAACAGGGUCUGUUUCCUCUCCUGUUACAAGACCCAAAAUGAAGCUUGACAUCCAAAAUCAGGAGAGAGAAAGCAUUUUGGUUGGUGAAGAAAAUCAGUCUCAGGUAAAUGGAGCAUCUGGUGGCAAACAAAAUGGUGACAAGGAGUGGAGUUGUAGUAAGUGCACACUGUUGAACAGUGCUCCUGAUAAAAGAUGUAGCAUGUGUGGAGCUCCACGUGUAUCUAGAGUCCCGACCUCAGUCCCAGAUGUCAUUGACUUGACAGACUUUGUGCCGUCUGCUCCUCGAGGCGAGCCAGAUGGUGAGGAAGUAAUGAAGGCGAUUAAUAAGACUGCAGCAGCAACAACUACCCCCAAGCCAAGCGGAUCUAAACAGGUCCUGAAACCCUCUACAAGUGGACAGCUUGAUGCUGAUAGUGAUUGGACUUGCAGACGAUGCAGCUUUUCAUGCAACCCUUCCUGGGCCAAACAGUGUGAUCAUUGCAGCUGCCCAAGAGAUCAAACUGACACAGCUCCAAAGACUCCUAUAGAAUUUAAACAAGAUUCAGUGAGAUAUUUCCACCGAUCUCCCCGUGGACCUCUCUCACCAGAGCCAGGGCCAUCUCCGAGUUUAGGCACGGAGGUGUGGUCUUGUAUGAGGUGUACGUAUGACAAUACAGACCAGCAUCAUCUGUGUUUUAUGUGUGGUUGUGCCAAGACUGCUGCACAGAACAGUAAGUCUAAAUGGCAGUGUCUGCAGUGUACUCUACUGAACAGCAAUGAGCUGGCCGAGUGUGGGGCUUGUGGACAUGCUCGGCAUGAACCUGGGUCGGGCAGACGUGAAGUUGGGGUAGGGUCAGGAUCGACUCCCACAAACUGGCAAUGUUCCAUGUGCACAUAUCGAAACACUGCUGCUGCUGUGAAGUGUAAUAUGUGUAAGUCGGCGAGAAAUAAACGUUCUAAGGCUCUUGUUCCUGCUGGCCCCGGAACACUAACGAGACAGGAAAGCUCCUUGAUGGAAGAAAUGAGGAAAUCUGAAGAACAUGAAGCUCUGGAAUUAUGGGAAACUAUAGUUCUGUUCUGCAAGCAGAACAAGACGCCAUUCGUUGAUGACUCCUUUCUGCCUGCCCCAAAGUCUCUGUAUAUUGAACCCCCCAAACCUUUUGCUAAUAUGGAGAUUCAGUGGCUGCGGCCAGACAAGAUUGCACCAUCUAGCCGAGCUGAGAUGAAACAGCCCUGGGUGGUUUAUAGGACUCCGAUGCCUGAGGAUAUCUCUCAGGGAAUUCUGGGAAAUUGCUGGUUUUUAAGUUCCCUGGCUGUGCUGGCUGAGAGACCUGAGCUUGUGGAGAAGAUAAUUCUGACAAAGAAAUACUGUGAGGAGGGAGCAUAUCAAGUGCGCCUGUGUAAAGAUGGGACCUGGCAGAUUGUGCUCAUUGAUGAUUUGCUACCCUGCAAUAUGCACGGAAUGCUUAUAUUCUCUCAGGCCAAGAGAAGACAACUCUGGGUUCCUCUAAUCGAGAAGGCAAUGGCGAAGUUGCAUGGCAGCUAUGAGGCCAUGGUGGCAGGGAAAUGUAUCGAGGGACUAGCCACACUCACAGGGGCACCUUGCGAGAGUAUAUGUCUGCAACCAAACCCAAUACGGAACAAGCUGGUUGAACCGGACCUCAUCUGGGCUAAACUGCUGAGCUGUCGAGAUCUAGGAUUCUUGAUGGGUGCAUCGUGUGGGGGAGGGAACAUGAAAAUAGAUCAUGCGGAGUACGAGAACAAGGGCCUCCGCCCCAGACAUGCUUACUCCAUACUGGACGUGAAGGUGGUCAAGGAAAAUAAGCUGAUUCGGCUUCGGAACCCCUGGGGUCGGUUUUCGUGGAAGGGGGACUGGUCGGACAGCUCACCCAAAUGGAACACAAUCGGCAGCUCGGUCCGUCAGGAGCUGAUGGUCCAUGGUGAAACGGAGGGAGUCUUCUGGAUGUCGUUUGAAGAUCUACUCAGGUACUUUGACAGUGUUGAUGUGUGCAAGAUCCGUCCCAACUGGCGCGAGUCUCGUCUGGCAGCGGAGUUCCCCAGUGACGCGUCGCAGCCCAUGAGUGUUGUGAAGUUGACAGUGUUCCACACGACGGAGGUGGAAUUGGGGCUGUUCCAGGAAGGAGUCAGAGGGAAUGACCAUUCGGCAAAAUCUCCUCUUGACCUGUUCAUCCUGGUCCUCCAAGAGUCCAAACAUCCCAACUUUUCUGUGGGCAAGCUGGUUGGUCAUAGCCAGAGACAGCUGCGAUGUUUCAUUGGAUGUAACCUGAUGUUGGAACCAGGAGAGUAUGUGGUCCUCUGUCUGGCCUUCAGUCACUGGACGACAGUUCCCGGGACCAAGGUGAGCCACCGCUAUGUGUUGUCGGUGCACAGUUCCAAGGCUCUCAUGGUCGACCAGAUCAACACAUUCCGCAACAGGCAGUACGAGAAUGUCCUUGCCGAUGCCCUCAUCCAACUAGCUGUUGCUAAGGGAACAAAGGAGGAGGUUCGGAAAGGCGUCACGGUAUACAGUCUCCUCAACGGAUGGGCAGGGGGAAUAUUUGUAGCUGAGAAUCGGUUGCCAGGCAACAAUGUUGUAAUGUGGUGUGACUGCACAGAGAGCUCUAACGUUGUCAGCACGAGGGGUUCGUUGAUCAGCAAGGAUGUGAUCCCUCCACUUCAUAGACAAUUGUUGAUGGUGUUGUCCCACCUGGAGAGGUCCCAGAUGUAUCACCUGUCCAGAUGUCUCAAACAUCGCAUGACAAACCCCAGUUUUGGACUGGGAGACUGGGGUCCCACCCCUCACAGUCAGCAUGAACCAAGCCUCAUUCCUCCCGUCGAGGCCCUGCACAUUCCUCGACCUCUCUGAUCUCGGGGUCACUGCUACAGAUGUGGACCAACAAUCACUAUUACAAGAGGAGGGACAUUAUUGUGAUAAAUGCUCCAAGCUAGACAGUGGACAUCUGUAUCUGUCCAUUGUGGAACACUGUACUGCCCUGUACUCACCAUGGCUGUAUCGUUGUAUGUGUGGUGAGCAGACGUGCAGAUGUGAAAGGGUUGUAAUUUAGACACAUAUCAAGUAUUAGGGAUGUCACAAUACAAAAGUUUUAUGAAUCGAUACGUAUCACGAUGCCCAUGUCACGAUUGGAUACAUAUCAUGAUACCUAUUUAUUAU